UGAGCCCGGAGCGCCCGAGACGCUCGAGCUGGAGGUGCGCACAGGCAGCGCCCACGGGCUGCUGCUCUGGCACGGCGCGGAGCCCGGAGAAGGCGGCAAAGCCAAGGACUUCCUUGGGCUGGGUCUCAAGGACGGGCACCUGGUGUUCAGCUACCAGCUGGGCAGUGGCGAGGCCACCAUCGUCUCCGAAGACCCCAUCAAUGAUGGCGAGUGGCACCGAGUGACAGCCACCAGGGAGGGACGCCGCGGGGGGCUGCAGGUGGACGGUGAGGAGCCCGUGCACGGGGAGUCACCAGGCACCAAGAUCAUGGCCAACACCGAGGGCGACAUCUACCUCGGUAGCGCCCCGGCCCCGCAUCCCGCCGCUAUCCCGGCGCUUCGGGAGCUUCCCGUAGGAAGAACGCGUUCGUGGGCCUAA